CGAUGGCUGGGAUGACGACGCCGAUGGUCACGAUGACGAUGAUGGAUGACAACGAUGAUGUCGGUGAUGACGAUGACGGCGAUUGUAGCGAUGAUGACGAUGUUGUCGAUGCUGGAGGCGAUGAUGACGACGAUCGACGAUGAUGACGAUGAUGAUGACUAUGGCGAUGGGUGGGAUGACGAUUAUGGUGAGAGCUGUGAUGGCGAUGAUGGAAAGAGAGCUGUGAUCACGAUGAUGGCAAGGGCUGUGAUGACGAUGAUGACGAUGAUGUCGAUGAUAAUGACGAUGGUGACGAUGAUGAUGAUGAUGAUGAUGAUGAUGAUAAUGACGAUGAUGAUGACCAUGGCGAUGGGUGUGAUGACGAUGAUGUCGAUGAUGAUGACGAUGAUAAUGAUGAUGAUGGGUGAUGGCGAGGGCUGUGGUGACGAUGAUGGCGAUGAGGAUGGAGAACAGGACGAUGGUCUUGAUGAGGACGCUGGCGGUGAUGGUGGCAAGCGUAUUGACGAGGAUCUCGAUGAUACGGAUGGGAAUUGCGACGACGAUGGUGUUGGUGACGAUUACGAGGUGACGAGUGCGAUUACGGUGACGACGGGCAUCGGUGAUGAUGCGAUAGAAAAAAGAGUGCUGUUUGCUUGCGUAUGGAUUGUGACGAUUACGAUGAUCGCUGUGACGAUGAUUGGUGAUGGGGAUCGCUGUCGGGAUUGUCCCGCUGGUAAUGGAGUCGUGGAGUUGGUGAUCGUAGGUGCUUUGCUAACCGUAGAGGCGAUGGAAGUCGUGAUUAUCUACCCUCGUGGAGGUGUUUGGCCGGGAGGGCCUCCAAUACCAGUUCAGCAGGGCAGACCAGGGCAGCCAUUCCAGGCUUAUCAGUACCCGGGUCCAGGCCAGCCGACACAGGAACAACAACAACAGCAACAACAGCAAGGGUUCAGUGCACAGCAGGGAGGGUUUCCGACGCAAGGGCCACCUAAGCCUGUUCCCAGUGGAGGUGCAGGUUUCCCUCUUCAGAGGGGAGGGCCUCAAUAUGGACCCCCCCCUUCAGGGCUGCCCGGAGGUGCAAGUACACAAUCCUCGCCCCCAAUGGGCAGCAUGUCACAGUCUAUUCCGUCUGCUGCAAUGAAUGCUGCUGCUCCCAACACUGCCCCUCCUAUGUACAGAUCACCUGUCCCAGGCCCGGGACCAGGUUCAGCGCUCGCCAAUCGGCCUGUAGCAGCCUCAGCACCACCAUCUUCACAUUCCGGGACUUAUCCAAUGGCUCCUAUGCAUCAACAGCAGUUUGCAUCACCUCUGACGGGAGGUCCACUGUCUGUGCCAGGAGGCCCACCGUCUUUGCCAGGUGGUGCAAUGGGUAGUGGCAUUGGUCCUUCUCCAGGGCGCCCAGGUGCCCCUGGAUCGUAUCAGCAGCUAUCCCAUCCCAGCAUUCUGCGCCCGUCCUCACAACCAGCUCCUGCUAUGGGUCCGCCUCCUCCAGGCCCGCCUCAUACAGGACCACCUCACGCAGGCCCCCCUCUUUCCGGCCCUCCUUUAUCAGGCCCCCCAGGCCCUCCUCCCAUCGGUCCUGCUUCAGGCCCUCCCCCUACAGCUGUUUCCACUGCUGCUGCUGGCCCCCCACGUCCGCAGGUGUCCCCUUUUACGCCCUCACCAGCGCCCCCUCCCGUUGUAGCGCGUGGGGGACCUCAGCCUGCAGGACCUCCCCCAAUCACAGGUCCGACAGGUUCACCUGCACGGUAUCCUGGGGUUCCUCAGCAGCCCCCAUCCUUUCCAUCUGCGCCCGGCGGUCCACCCUCAACUGGAGGCAGUUCUCCGCCGUUAGGGGCCUCUUCUUUCGACCAGCGGGGGUAUCUUCAAGCUGGACCCUAUGGGCCCUCAUUGGUCCAGACACCACCUGCAACUGUUUCUAGGGCGUUGGCACAGCCACCUCUCCAGUACAACGACCCUUACUCUACUGGUGCACCUUCUGCGGGGCCAUAUGGUCAGCCAACUCCUGCUGCUCCUUCAUCAGGGCCAUUUGGUCAGCCAACUCCCGCUGCACCUUCGGCGGGGCCAUAUGGUCAGCCACCCCCUGCUGCACCUUCGACGGGGCCAUAUGGUCAGCCAACCCCUGCUGCACCCUCGGCAGGGCCAUAUGGUCAGCCAGCCCCUGCUGCACCUUCUGGGCCAUAUGGUCAGCCGACCUCCACAGGAACUGGUGUCGGUGGUUACUACCAAGGAGCUGGGCAGUAUGGCUACGGACCAAUGCAGAGGCAAGCGUUGAUUGAAGAAUUCCAAUCCCUCAGCAUUACACCUCCACCGGGUUCUUUGGAUGCUGGAGUAGAUCCAAGUCUGCUUCCAAGACCGCUGGAUGAUGAAGAGUCGUUACCACAGCCAGUCUCGUCAGCCAACUGUCGCCCGAAAUUCAUGCGGUUGACGUGCAAUGCGAUUCCGAACUCGCAGUCCCUGCGGGCGAGAUGGCACCUCCCGCUCGGUGCUUUCAUCCAUCCACUUGCCAAGCCUCCUCCUGGGGAGGAGGUUCCCAUCGUGAACUUUGGAUCGGUGAUCGUGAGGUGCAGGUCCUGUAGGACAUACAUAAAUCCUUUUGUGAAUUUCACCGAUGGUGGCCGCAGGUGGAGGUGUAAUAUUUGCGGCCUGUUGAAUGAAGUUCCUCCGGAAUAUUUUUGCCAACUUGGGCCUGACGGUCGGAGGCGGGAUGUGAAUGAACGGCCUGAGCUUCUAAAAGGAUGUGUCGAGUUCGUUGCGCCUCAGGAGUAUAUGGUCCGUGCACCGAUGCCGCCGGUCUACUUUUUCCUCAUUGAUGUAUCACAGCCAGCCGUUGCAUCGGGGAUGUUGCAGGUCGCUGUGGAUACAAUCAAGGCAUCCCUAGAUAAUCUUCCUGGUGACAUAAGGGUUCAGAUAGGCUUCCUGACGUUUGACAGCACACUGCACUUCAUUAACCUGAAGGCGUCACUCUCGCAGCCACAGAUGCUUGUGGUGGCUGAUUUGGAGGAUCCGUUUCUUCCUAUUCCGGAUGACUUGCUUGUUAAUCUCAGUGAGUCUCGCAAUGUUGUGGAGGCGCUGCUCAGUUCUCUCCCGUCUAUGUACCAGAACACUACCAACAUCGAGUCGGCCUUGGGUCCUGCGUUGCAGGUUACAUAUUCGGUAAUGAGUCAACUUGGAGGCAAGCUGCUCGUGUUCCAGAGUGGUCUUCCAUCGUUAGGUAUUGGAAGGCUGAAGCUGCGUGGGGAUGACUACAGGAUCUAUGGGACGGACCGUGAACAUUUUCUGCGUGGUGCCGAAGACCAGUUUUACAAGAGAAUGGCGGCGGACUGUUACCGUGUUCAGAUCAGUGUCAACAUGUAUUGCUUCUCCGACAGAUACUCAGACAUUGCCUCACUAGGAACCUUGGCCAAGUACACUGGUGGUCAAGUUUUCUACUAUCCUGCCUUCUCUGCACAGAGAGAUGGUGAAAGAUUUAGGAAAGAGCUCACAAACGACCUUGUGAGGGAGACAGGCUGGGAAGCCGUGAUGAGAAUUCGCUGUGGAAAAGGUGGAAAGAAGCGAUGGGUCUGGGUUAGAGUAGCGCUCUCACAGGUAGACGUGGUCUCUGGUUCAAAAAGAGGCAGUGCAAGUCUCCAAGUUUCCAUCAGGGGUAGCUCAUUCCGGUCCGGCCUUGGCUCGAGGCACAGAGGUCUACGCAUUUCGAGCUACCAUGGGCACUUCUUCAUCCGAAGCAGCGAUUUGCUUGCCUUACCUGCUGUGGAUUCGGACAAGGCGUGUGUGAUUCAGAUCAGCCAUGAGGAUACUAUUCUUUCAACACCAACGACUUAUUUGCAAAGCGCACUCCUGUACACAGCAUCGUGUGGCGAGAGGCGCAUCAGAGUGCACACAUCUGCUGUUCCUGUGGUUGACAACCUUGGAGAUUUGUAUCGUGCGGUGGACCUUGGUGCCACGGUAACAGCACUAGCUAAAGUUGGCGUGGAGAGAUCGUACACUUCACGGCUAGAGGAGGUGCGGACGAUGACUCAACAGAAGUGUGUAGCAGCUCUGAGGGAAUAUCGCAGCCUGUUUGCCAUGCAGCACCACACAGCAGGGAGGCUGAUCUUCCCAGAGAAUCUGCGACUGCUUCCGCUGUAUGUCCUUGCGCUGUGCAAAUCGCCAGCCCUUCGUGGCGGGUUCAUGGAAGUCGCAGCGGACGAGCGUUCAUUCGUUGGGUACGAAAUGAUGACCAUGUCUGUCGAGAGAACUCUGCGGUUGCUUUAUCCGACUCUGAGGAGGCUUGAUGACAUGUCUGCAGAGUGUGGAACGGCCGGCAAAGAUGGUAAACUCGUCCUACCUCCAGCGCUUCCUUUGGCGGCCGAAAAGCUGGAUGCGCACGGAGUCUAUCUUGUGGAUGAUGGCCUGAAGAUGUUCUUGUGGGUUGGAAGCAAGGCUUCAAGUGAAUUCCUGGGGCAAAUUCUAGAACCAGAAACUGUUGGAGCGGCGGACAAUAAUCGUUUCGAAGCGGCUGUGGCGGCAGCGGGGACUUCGGAGCCUGCGUCGACGGUGAGGCACGGUCGGACGACAUCGGCGAUCAACGCGACGACUUGUUGGACUCGGGUGGGAGGGGGGGGGKGGGCGAUGACGGGGGGUGCAGGGACCAGCGCUGCGGGGGGGUCUGGGGGUGCACAGUUCAACCCGCUGUCCGAGAAGGAGAUGGCGAAGCUGAGGCGGGGGAACAUUGUUUGGAACUUCGUCACAGCGGGGCAGUACGUCGGGGACCAGUCCAAGAUGCAUGGGGACCGAAAGUUGCGUUGCAACUUAUGCGGCCACAUAUUUCAGGGGGGGUCGUCGAAGGCCGCGCGCCGUUUCACGCAGUCGAAGUACUGCAAGGCUGGGGGGAUGAGAGUUCUCGUGGAACUUUGGAACGGCACGGACUACACGUUCGUGCCGUCCACUGCUCAGUGGGUGCAGAGGUGGAUGGCGGACGAGUGGAUACGGGACAUGAGACCGCCCACGGGUGCCCAGGAGAAGAGGGCUCGGCAGACGACAAUUGACGAGAUGCAUGCGAGGGAGAAGUUGGUCGAGUUCACAGACGCGUGGCUUCAGUGGGUCUACGUGAAGUUGCCAUUCAACGCCUUCCGUGGUUCGGAGUUCCAGAGGGUGCAGCAGGCGGCAGAGAGAGUGCCUCGCUCUAUCCAGUUCCGGUUUCCCUCCUACAGGGUUACAGCAGGCGCCGGUAUCCCUUUGCAGAGGGCGAAGGUGGCGACGAUGGUGAGCGAGGUGCGCGCCACUUUCCGGCACAACGGUGCCACCAUCCUCUCCGACGGGAGGAAGUCGCGCAGCGGCAAGCCGCUCGUGAAAUUUCUCGUCGGGGGCGCUAAUGGCGCCCUGCUAUACGCCACCAUCGCACGUGACGGGUCGGUCCGAGACACAGCGGACAUCGUGUACCGUAGGUGGUGGGCCAUCAUCUUGUCCUUUCCUGCAAAGGUCGUGAUCGGCUUCUGCACAGACUCCGCCAGUAACUAUACGGCGGCAGCGCGCAGAUUCGCCACUGAUCCCAAGCCCGACAUCAGGAGGAUCACUUGGCUCCUUUGCUCCACCCAUGUCUGUAACUUGAUGUUGUCUGAUAUCGGGACGCGAGUGGUGUGGGUCAAGGACACCAUCAUCCGCGCUCGAGCGCUUGUGCGAUUUAUUAAAUCGCACGGCGCCGGUCACACCUUGUUUAGGAAGGUGAGCCCUCACGUUCAGCUCGUCGAGCCCGUUGAGACACGGUUCGCAUCAGUUUUCCUGAUGCUCAUGUGUCGCAAAGGCCGACGAGACGCGUUGGAGAGCAUAUUGCACGGGGAUGCUUGGGCACGCAUCCCGUGGGAGCGCAAGCAUGUAUCGCAGGGGCAGUGGGUGCAGCAGCAGAUCCGGGACGCGAAGUGUUGGUGUUGUAUGCAGUACGCCAUCCUUGUCAUGUCGCACGUCCACCAGCUGUUGCGCAGGAUGGAUAGGGGGGGGAUGAUGAUGUCCGUGGUUUACGAGUGGAGUCGGCAUGUGCUGGAGUUGACGAGGAGGGUCGACGUGCUGGCGGACAUGAUCGAGCCGUGCGUGUCUGACGUUGCCAUCCGCAACCUCCACAUGCUAGAGCCCGCACAUGCUGCGGCCCACCUCCUCAACCCUCCGGAGAGGAAAUGGGUGGAGCACGAGCGCGUCAACACGGUGAGGCGCUGCAAGCUUGGGUUCACCAAGCUUGCACAGCUGGUUGAGAUUGCCACCAAUCUCAACGUGGCCUCGUGUGCACGGCAGGGUGGUGGCUACGUGUUGCCAUGGGUUAUGGGAACCGGUCGGGAGGGACAGCGGCAGCGGACGAGGAUGAGGAGGGAGACGUGGAGCCCGAGGUGUGGGGAGCGCGACCUGCUGGCAGUGUUCUCGAGGAGGAGAUUCAGCGGCAGAUUGUCGCUUUCCAUGACAACCGAUUGUCCAGAGCCCGUUCGGUUCGGGAUGUGUUCGGCAGCAGGGCGACAGAGCUGCGACCGUGGCCGGAGGGUGGGGAUGAUGUGGACACUGCUGCGGCAGGCGACGACAUCGACGACGACUGGACAGACGAUGAUGAACGAUGAUGACAAUCCGAUCAGUGGCGACCCGACGAUUGAUCAUGUGUACUUCACUUACGAUGGGAGUCGUGACGACAUGGAUUCAUUCACAUCACUUAUCACUGGUGAUGUGCUGUCGACCUCACGAGCGAGUGGCAGCAGCAGAGCCGGUGGUGGUCGUGGUGGACGUUCAAAUGCGGAGGUUGGCGUCGACGACUCGGGGGAGCAGCAGCCACAGGGAGGUCUUCGGCAGACAGGCAGGCGUUGGGAGGUUAGGAGCGACAGCGAGGCCGAGGAGGAGGCCGAGGAUGAGCGGGUGUCCCUUCAGGAUCGUGCUUCUCUCCCUCCCAUCAUCAUAGCGUUGUACAUCCCGAGGCACUUAAUCGGUUGGAGAGGGCUCGAUGGGGGCUUGGGAGAUUUUAGUGUCGAGGGACAUCGAGGUGCCUUACCGUCGGAGGUGCACACCGACGGGGACCCUGAUGAGACUGAGGAGGAGAGGGGUGCCCGUUUGGACCGAGAGGAGCGGCCAGGGAGUUUGCCACAGUGUGAGGAUCGGUUCGCGUAUCUUGACGAGCAGCGGCGGCAGAGGGAUUUGGAGACAGGAGGGGCGGGAGGCCGUGACGACGACGACUCGGGUGUCCCUGAGGAGGCAGUGCAGGGAAAUUUCGUUGAUGAGGGGCAGGAUAUUUUGGGUGGUGGGUCAGGUGGUGGACGACGCAGCGACGGGGAGACCGCGUGUGACCAGGGGCAGGAUGUUGUCAUGGGCGUUGGGUUCCCUCGUGGGGGGCGUGGCGACGACGAGACCAUGGGUGAUGAGGCCAUUGAUGGGCAGGGUACCGCCAUGUGUGGCAGGGGAGAGGGUGGACCCGAUGGAGAUGGGAAUACCGCGGGUGUCGGGGGAGACGAUGGACCGGACGGAGGUGAUGACGAUGACCACGGUCCCGAGGACGAUGCGUACAGGCUCUCCUUGGUGUUGAGGGACCCCACAAUACCUCCCUUGCGCCCUGACGACUCAGCGCGCACUUUCUUCGACGCCGACGCUUUGGCGCAAGUGUUGACGGAUGACCCUUUCGCACACAUGAGCCGCAAGAGCGGCAAGAGGCAGGGCCUUGGGAGGGUAUAUUCACCGCUGCCGUUCAUGGUGCAGAGCCCUCGCUGGUCCGGUUCGUCGCUCAGCGAUGUGAAAGGGAGUGUAGGAUCGAUGCCUCCACGGGCCGCACGGACUCCGGAGGCCGGGGUCGAUGUCGGGGACCAGACGGCGGCAUCCGGAGUUGUGCACAGUGGCGGUUUCUCGCCGACAGUCCAAGGUGGUGUGGGUGGCGAAUGGUCAGCUGUUCGUUGGGUCGGGGACCGGUUGUGGGUUGAUUACGACGCCGGGAGCAGCGUCUUCACGGGACGCACGCCAGUUCAGACACAGGCUGCAGAGGGUGGGUCCGGACGACCGAGCCUGCAGAUGGCAGGCCGCAUGCUCGGUUUGUCACGAGCGGAGACGAGGAGAUCAUUGGUCCUCGAGGCCGCAGGGACAUCCACGGACAUGCUGCGGGGACAUCAGUACACAUCGGGCGAGGAGGGGUUGUUGAUGCAUCCCGGGCCGAGAGGACAGUGCAGCCUCUCGGAGGUUGAGGCUCGACUCGCGGCCGCAGGGACAUCCACGGGCAUGCUGCGGGGACAUCAGUACACAUCGGGCGAGGAGGGGUUGUUGAUGCGUCCCGGGCCGAGAGGACAGUGCAGCCUCUCGGAGGUCGAGGCUCGACUCGCGGCACAGAGAAAAGAGAACAAUGUGUCGGCCCGAGUUAUGGCGAUCGUAGAGAGCAGAAGAGAGGGAAUGGUGGUGCAGCCCCCGUGCAUUGUUGUGCGACCGGGAGAUCGUUGGGAACCUGUUGUGCAGCACCUGUUGGUAGAGGAUCGCACCGCUGCUGGGCCCAGCUAUAUGGAGUGGAUACUCAGCGUGCACAAGCAAGUGCAGCACAAAGGAUGAUUGAAUUCCAGGCGCUGAUUAUGUUCACAGCCAAACUUCCAUGAGGCAGGUACAUUCUCUUGUGUGCUUUCGGAUGUCGACGACAAUCAUUGGGAUGAAGUGCAGAAAGAAUAUGGAAUAUGGAAGUCACUAUCUAGCCUGGCAAAGGUAUCCGGCUUUCAAUGAAGUGCACAAGCCCAGUGGUUCACCAAACACUGUCGGACUCACAGUAUUUUCACUCUCUGGUAAGAAUGUCAGUGAACAAUGGGUGGACUGACGAGGCUAAACCGUCAGCGCUGACACACCUGCCUGCCAUUCGAUCUUACAUCCAAACAGCGUAUAUGAGAGAUGCUUAGAAAAAUUCAGGUUGCGUCAACUGGAGAGUUUGCGGGGAUGGAGGGGGGGAGGGUAGUCAGGAAUUUGGGGGGGAGGGGGGGAGUUGAGGGGCGUCAGGAAGUUGUUGCUGGCGUUUUAUGCGUGCGUCAUUAAGGUUUUUGAAAGGACUAAAGCACUUCGGGGGUUGGUAGCUAGGCCAAGGUGAGUCAGCCGUCUGAUUCGUCCGCAUGAUGAAUACGACGACGACCUGCAAAUUUUGCACAUGCCGUCGACGAUGGCCUGCAAAUUUUGCACAUGCGACGAUGCCCUGCAAAUUUUGCAACCUAAUCUGGCAAAAAUCUAAACGGUGUUGAAUUGGUGGUCGUCCUUAACUGUAUUUUUGCCUGAUUGGUUCAUCCUCGGGUUGAGGCCGGUGGCUUGUCUCACCUGAUUGAUUAACCUCUGGCAGUUCUCACAGAACCCGAGGAAACCUAAUCUGGCAAAAAUCCUCGGGUUAAGGCUUUCUCACCACAAGCACAAGAUGUCCUUCUGCGGACCUCUGGCAGUUCUCCCAUCACACAUGAUGUCCACACAGCCAACCAGAGGACCGUACAUCCGAACCAAGUCCCCUGGUUAACCUGCAGAUCAUCAGGAUGUACUGGUGAUUGCAUUGUGUGAUUGACAGAGGCCCGUUCACCCUAGCUGGCUGGUGUAGAGAGAUGGGGAAUAUGUUUUGUCAUUGCUUGUUUUGUAGCUAAAUUCAUUGAUCCCUACUGUGGCUGCACAUCACAAUUGAUUGAGGAAGUUGGCCUGUAAUUCUUUGAGAGAGAAGGACAGUGGUGCCUGCUUGCUUUUCUUUUCUGAGACGGUGCUGGCCAUGCUGGUUGAGCUCUUUCUCGUGUGGAACGGAUGGAAUAAGAGUCGACGACCAAAAGAGACGAGAACGAAGGUAGGUUGCAAUGGAAAGGAUAAAGUGUGGACUAUGAUGGCUGAACAUGAGCGAAGGAUGAAGGUAGGUGAUGAUAGAGCGGGUAAGGAGGUCGUGAAUCGUGAUGGAGCUUGAGCAAGAGGUCUUGGGAGGAAAUCGGCGAGGUGGUUGGAUAGGUAAGGGAAGUGCAUUCCCUCUCAUACAGUUCUCUUAGAGUUUCGUCCAAACGGAUCGAUUUUGGGCAAACUAACAGACGUUUUUUGUAUCUAUAUGGGUUUUACAGCUUUGCGCUUGCAGGCAGGAGAGGUUCCUGGGUGCCGAGGGACAGGCACGGGAAGGGUGAAUGGCUGGCUGGAUAGAUACAGAAGGGGGUGGCAUGGGGCGGACGGAGGGGUGGGGGAAGGGCGAGUGGCUAUCGAAUCUGUUUGCCCUUGUUCUUCAAAGGUUUACGAGAAGCAAGCAGUAGCUUGCUUGAUUGCAGAGCAAGGAGAGAGUGUGGAAAUAAGUGGGUGGUUCUUCGUAUUUGCUGGGACUUGCUGCGAGUGUGCGGACCUUUUUCUUUUUUCUUCAUGUAAUAAGAAUUUGAUUGGCAAACUUUAAUACCUUUCUAUUCUUACCCUUUCAUGGAAGUGAUUUGGAAGGCGUGCGUUAAACAUUUGGUGUGUGGUGUCUCUGGGGAUGGUUGAGUGAGCAUGUCGGGCUGCAUUUCGUUAAAGUCUAUGAUAUCUAUAAUGGUCUGCUUUUCCAUUUCUAUUUGGCGCAAGUGCUUUGGAAGCCGCAGAUCAAACUAUUGCUGUGUGUGGUGUCUCUGGGGCUGGUUGACUGAGUGUUUGGGGUUAUACUUCGCUCAAGUCUAGGAUACCUUUCUGUAAUGGUCUGCUACUUAUAGUUCUUAGCUGAGGUGCAAGGAGGUCAGGUUUGUGUUGCUUCUAUUCUGUGCAAAAGGCGGGCAGCUUUCGCGCCCUUCGCAAUUGGAUGAUAAACGAGUUGCGCAGUGGAGGCGGGAAGGGCACAGGUGGGGGUGAUGUGGACGAUGCUGGUGGAGCAGUGACGGGUAGAUGGGCAAGGGAAUCUUCUUGGAUAUCAACAUUGCAGAGGCAAAACUAGAAUCUGAGAGUUUCUCGAGGGCUCAUGGAGAACUGGGCAUAGAGUACAGAGAGAGCAAAUGUAUGACAUGUCGCUGUGAGGGCGGUGGUUGCUGGGAAAGAGGGAGGAGGAUUUGCUGGAUGUGUGUGUGUGUGUGUGUGUGUGUGUGUGUGUGUGUGUAGGAUUGGUUUGCCUCAGUGUUAUAUGCAGCAUUUGGCCAUAGUUCCUGCAGGUUGGGAAUGAGUGGUUAUUGUCUUUUCGACUCGUAUUUACUCUGGCGCUGAGGUCGGAUGCUGAUUGGCCAAAUCUUGUUAGUUCAAUUUUGAUUAAGAAUUCGUGGAUUCUCUCUCUCUCUCUCUCUCUCUCUCUCUCUCUCUCUCUCUCUCUCUCUCUCUCUCUCUCUCUCUCUCUCUCCUGAGUGAAAUAUGUUUUAGAAAGGCAUUAUAGACUCAAAGGUCACGAGCGACAAAAUGUCACACAAAAACACAAAAGUUGUAUGUACUUUGUGUGUGGUUUCAAACUCGAGCCUUGACAUGAGCGCAAAUGAGAUAGGAAUUACUUAACAUCGAACAAAACUUGGGCCAGCUC